AAAGUUGAUUCCUUUGGCACCGAAAGUGAUGGGAAAACCCUGGAAACGAUUGUAACACCUAAUGAUACCCAUGCAGUUGUUGCCGUCUGCCUCAAGAUAAUGAAGCAGGCGAAACAGCUCAUGGUUCGUUAUGUCCCGGACAUUGCUGAGAUACCUUUUAACCAAGGUCUCAGCUUUGUCCCCACAUGGAAGUCUGUACCUAGCGCAGCCAGUAAUCGUAAGAUGCUGGCAGAACUACUUCGGACGAAAGGAAUUCGGAAUAAGAAAUUCCUCCGAACGUCGUUAUUCACGUCAUUUUACGACGAGAUGAGAUGCUCAAUAAAGAUACGCUUUGGGUUCUUCUACUUGGCGAGGUAUUCGGAAGACGAAAGGAAUCUUGGGGAAGGGGUUGCAUUGGCGUCUGGGCGAUGGUCGUCGAAUGUUGCAGAUGCUAUUCUGCCGAAUGGGGCUUUGGACUUUCAUACUUUUUCUCCCACCGGAGAAACUUAUGAGGUGGUGACAAGGGAGGAGUUGGAGAAUGAAGGUCCAAAUCUUGCAUGGGUAUGGAAGCUGCGAUGCCCCCGAAAGGGUGCGCUUCUUCUUAUGGAAUUUGGUGCA